UAAAAUCGCCAUUUUGUGCGUAACGAUCUCGUAGGUUUUACUGUGCAUAGUAAUUGCAAAUUUUUAUCGGGAGUGCCGUUUAAAGUAACGAGCGAUUAUCAUAACGUAUUAUUUUCCACGAGUGAUGAAUUGACGACGUCGAUUGUUUGACGAUCGGACGCCGGUAUAAACAAAGAGGUUAAGAAUUCCAGUAAAUAUGCAAUUUUCCAUUCACAAAAUAAUCACUUAAAAGACUCUACGUGCAGAAGAAGUGUAGUGUAUUAGAAGUGUAGUGUAGUGUAACAGAUGUAGUGUAUUGAACAUUUAGCUUGUUGGAAUGAAGUACCGUAAAAAAAACGUUAUUGCGUAUCCGAUCUUCGCACGACUGUCAAGACAAUCGUCGUUCAUCUUGAAUGUUUUGAAGACAUGCUGUAAGAAGGAAACUGCGGGGAAUGGAGCAAACUGCAAAAUAUUCGUGUCGCCUAAUUACUUUCCGGCCUCCGGCAGCGACGGCGGCGGCGUCAGCAACGAAGCAGCGGAGAAUGAGGGUUAGGGCCACCUCCAUCGACCCCACUCAGCGAGCUACCUCUGACCCAACACGGCGUAAGAUGGGUAAGUUAUGCAAACAACUCCAAAAUAGCGUACUUUACCAUUACGCAGUUUUAGUCGAAAAAGUAGACGACACAAAUGAAAACGGAAAUCAUCCAAUGAGAUGUCGAAGUCAAUUUUAAUAGUGCCGAUCCUGUGGUUUGUCGUCGAUGCUGCUCGCAUACUUGGAGUCUUCCCAGAUAUAUCUUACAGCCACCAGGUGGCCUUUAGACCAUUAAUGAUGGAAUUAUCGCAAAGAGGUCACGAUAUAAUCAUUUUUACAACUUUCCCUAUGAACAACUCCACUCUUCAGAAUUACACCGAAGUGGAAUUGUGUUUGACUAGUUCUGUGCAAAAUAUCAACAUAUAUUCAAUAAAUAGACUCUCAGAGCUUCUACGGGCAUUAAAUGUGCGCAGCGUGAUAAUCAGCGACGAAACGUUAUCCCAUCCUGUCAUGCAGCGACUUAUAUCGCCGAACAGUGGCGAGAAGUUCGACUUGAUCAUCGUCCAAAGCAUCUUUUAUGAUUCACUUUACGCGUUAUCAGUACGCUUUAACGCUCCGAUAAUCGCAAUUUCAUCAAUACCAUUGUUAUCUUGGCAGCACUUCGUGUUCGGAAAUCCUCUGUUGGCGGCUUAUUCACCGAACUCAUUAACGAACUUGGACGAAAAUAUGAAUCUGUGGGAACGUUUCGUCAAUCUGUACUCAUCCCUUUAUCAGAUAUACUGGUAUUGGUACGAGCUCAUCCCUGCACAUGAAAAGAUCAGCAGGAAACAUUUCGGGGAUAGCGUGCCGCCCGUCCAUCAACUCAUUUCAAAUAUCACUCUGUUGCUGUCGAAUUUUCAUCCGUUCAUUUAUCCUCGCGCAAACAUUCCUGCAAUAAUUCCUAUAAGUGGAUACCGUCCAGUGUCGCAGAAAGAAGGCCUGCCACAGGAUUUGGAGAAAAUAUUGAACGAUGCGAAACAAGGAUACGUAUAUUUCAGUUUGGGCUCAAACAUUAAAAGUAAUACGUUGUCUGAUGAAAGGCGUAACAUGUUGCUACGAGCUUUUGCGAAAUUGCCGUAUAAAGUAUUAUGGAAAUUCGAAUCCGAAUUUCUUCCGGAUAAACCUAAUAACGUCAUUAUUAGGAAGUGGUUGCCGCAGCAAGAAAUUUUAGCACAUCCGAACAUACGACUCUUCGUCUAUCAAGGAGGACUGCAGAGUACCGAGGAAGCGAUAGGAAACGGAGUACCUGUAAUUGGCUUUCCCUUUUUCGCUGACCAAUUUUACAAUAUAAAAAUGCUCCUAGUUUUUACAACGGGAAAGAUGUUAUCGUUCAAAAAUACCAACGAAGACGAAUUCCGAGCAGCCAUACUUGAGGUCAUUACGAAUUCCAGUUAUAAAGAAAACAUGCUGAAAAUGCGAGACCUGUUGCGAGACCUGCCAUACGAUCCACUCGACAAUGCCGUUUGGUGGACCGAGCAUGUCAUACGUCACAAAGGAGCGCCACAUCUUCGAAAUAAGUCACGAGAUAUGCCCUGGUACCAGAUUCUGCUGUUAGACAUAAUGGCAGUUGUGAUCGGAGCAAUUAUUCUCGUUGUACUUGUUAUCAUUGUAUUUCUUGCAAUGAUUAAACGUUACUUAUUUAGGAUUAACAAGCAGCUUUUGCCAGCAAAGAAACGGCCAAUGCACAACGCGAAGAAGCAACAAUGACAUUUUCGAGGGCUGAUCAAAAGCAAAACCGCCGAUUUUUCGUUCUCAAUCGAAGCGAAUGCAACAGUAUUUAGAACAAUUUUAUUUCUCUUUGCGACAGCAAUUCUGUGAG